AGCGGGAACAUGAAGCUGCCACUCCUGGUGUUUAUUGUGUAUCUGCCAUGGUUGAAAGAUUGUCGCUGUGCACCUACUUGGAAGGACAAAGCUGCUGUCCAUGGAAGCCCGAAGGGUUUUUCUGAGCCUGGCGAUACAGAUGUUGGUGAAGAGGUGAAGAAGGCUUUGAUUGGUAUGAAGCAGAUGAAAACCAUGAUGGAAAGGAGAGAGGAGGAACAUACUAAUCUAAUGACAACCCUGAAGAAAUGUAGAGUGGAAAAACAGGAGGCCCUGAAACUUAUGAACGAAGUUCAAGAACAUCUGGAAGAGGAAGAAAGGCUGUGCCAGGAGUCUUUGACAGAUUCCUGGGACGAAUGCAAGUCUUGCUUGCAAAGUGACUGUGUGAGAUUUUAUACAACCCAUCAACCUAGUUGGUCCUCUAUGGGAAAUGUGAUUGGACAGUUUUUUAGGAAGAUAUAUCAAUUCCUGUUUCCUCUCCAUGAAGAGAAGGAAAAAGAGCUCCCUGUCGCUGAAAAGGUCCUGGAGGAAGAUGCACAAGUGACCCAAAUAGAGCACAUGUUCAGCCAACUGACCGUGGACGUGAGAUGUCUCUUUAACAGGAGUUUUAACGUCUUCAAACAGAUGGAGCGAGAAUUUGACCAGGCUUUUCGGUCAUAUUUCAUGUCAGAUACAGAUGUAAUCGAGCCUUACGUUUUCCCAGCUUUAUUCAAAGAGCCAACCAAAAAAGCUGAUCUGGUGCAGAGCUGGGAUGGUCCAGGCCUCUUCCAGCUGUUUUGUGAUUUCAGUCUCUCCAUUUACCGAAGUCUCAGUACCACCGUCACUGAGACACUGAAUGCCAUGGAGGACCGGCCAAAACACCAAGACGCUGACCCUGGAGGCCUGAGUUCAAAGACAGUGCCUGUGUGGAACAGAGGACCAUGUGGAGAACUUGGCCAGAAUUCGUCAGAAUGUUUCCACUGUCAUGCAAGAUGCCAAAAAUGUCAGGAUUAUCUAUGGGAAGACUGUCCUGAUGUACCCGAACUACACACAGAAGUAGAUGAGGCCCUUAAAUUGGUCAACAUAUCCGAUCAGCAGUACGUGCAGAUUCUCCAGGUGACUCAACAUCAUCUGGAGGACACUGCGUAUCUGAUGGAGAAGAUGAGAGAGGAAUUUGGCUGGGUGGCUGAACUGGCAAACCAGACUCUAGGAACUGAGAACACCUUCAGUUCCAGAAAGGUAGUUCCAGAUGUUCACCAAGGAAACAUUUCCAAACAAGAUGAAACGAUGAUAGACUUAAGCAUUCUGCCUUCCCCCAAUGUCACACUCAAGAUCCCUCUUGAAGAAAGUUCUGAGAGUUCUAACUUUGUUAGCUACGUGCUGGAAAAAGCUGUACAGCAUCUUAAGGAACAUUUUAAAACUUGGUAA